AUGGGAGUCGAUGCUCUCAAAGAUAUGUUGAGUAGUCGCUCAAAAUCAACAAGUGGUAACAAGAACGCUUUGGUUGAUAGACUGUUCAAGCUUAACAUCACACAUCAAGUUUACCACGAGAACGAGCAUUUGGUUCGUGUCAUUGAAUGGCUGAAGAGAGAGUACCCACUUCCUAAGGAGAAACAUUUGCAAUACCGUAAUGCCUCCACCAAUAACCAGCUUUACCAUGAAUCAUUCCACGAUUCAACACUCUCUGGAACAACCGAUAUAGUCAUUGUCCCAUCACACGCACCAACCACUGGAUUCUUGGCCUAUGAAGUCCUCUGCUUCGUCGAAUUGAAGACUCCUGAUGUCUCUAUUCAAGAUCAUUUGCCUCAAGCUCUCGUAGAGUGUCUCGUCAUCACUUUCAAAUCUAAUCAGAGUGUACUUGGCCUCUUGACAAAUGGAACCAAUGUUUGGAUACUUGUUUGGUCCAGUCGUCGUCCCCCAUUCUUUGUUGGCUAUUGCAUACUGAACAACGAACGAAACGCUCAUAGGGCCAUUUCACUCAGGCUCUCAUCUCCAGACAAUGUCAACAUCGCCCAAUUGCUUAUUGACAACAACGUUAUCGCAAGACCCUCUCGACUAUCUUUGCCAAGCAAAUUCGAUUUUCGCGAAGAUCCAGACCACGAACGAGAUGGACAGGAUGAUGACCAGCAUGAACCCAAACAAACCAAGAGACUCAGAAAGACUACCAGCACAGGUUCUGGACAUUCUGACAUUGCUGACUUGAGUGGACUUCCAAUCACCAAGGCUGAGCUGGAAUAUUUGGCUUGGCAGAAGCUGACCAGAGUCAUUGAACAAAUAAGAGUUGUGCAAUAA